GGCUCUGCUGGCGCGUUCACCUCCCGCUUGAACGCAGUACGCUUCGGACUCUCGCGCAGGCGAGAUUGCACCAAUCCGCUCGGUCGAUCCAGUGACCACGUGCGCCACCCAACGAUCCAGAGGGACCCGGCUGUUUCGGCCACCGGAUCCGACCACGUGUUUUCGGUGACUUAUGACGGCCCAUCGGACCGAAGGGAUCGCGUCGUGCUGUGAACAUGGUGUUCCCGAGUGAGAGUGGCACGAGGGAGGAACCGGGUUGUCUGAAUUAAUGUCUCGUUCGCACUUUGAUGAAGAGGGACCCAGGUGAUCGCGAGAGAUCUUGAAUACCAACAUGAUAUCUGAAUUGGGAUCUUGAUUGCUGUGUUUAAUUAGUUGUUUCAUAGGUCCAGAAAUGGAUCGUCGGUGGAGGUUCGUUAUUCAGUUGUGUGCCGUUUGUUCGGAAAGAUCGUUGAGAAAAUAAAUGUAUGAAAAUUUCACAGGUCCAUGUGCUUGAUUACAAAUGAGAAGACGUAAUGACAGAACCAGUCCAUCGAAGGAGAAGCUGAGGAACGUGUCGCGCGACCAUCCUGAUAGGUCGUUAGGCUGCCUCGUAGCUACGCGGAGGACACUGGUUAUAUCGGUGUUACCAGCAGCCAGUAGCAAUCCAGAAAGGAGAAGAUUAACAAAAACAAGAAGAGAAACCAUUCUCGUUCAACGACUAAGAAGAAACGCGAAUAUUACGAGCCUCUUAAGAGCCUAAUGCUUCGCUAACUAGCCAAAGCCGCUCCAGAUACGAGCGGAGCGGUGCGCCGCGAUGUGAAUGCAAACGUUCGAUUCGAUAGCUCGUAAAUAGAGUCGAUCGUUCGGUUCUCACGGUCCGAAUUAAACCGACACCGUGGCAAAGAAACGCGAUCUCACCGUGGACACGGUACCACGGUUCGGUCGAAUGGUGAAACGAAAAACGGUGGCGAAUGAAUUUGAAAUGGUUGUGACGGCGUGAAUCGAGCCCGAUACCGUUCCCUGAUUCAGCUGGACACUUUUCGACGUGUCUGUCGCGGAUCGAACAGAACAAUCGCUGGGACAAAAGGGUGAAAAAGUGAAGGUUGAACAAGCAGGAUUGACGGGAGGAAGAGAGUGGUGGGCAAAAAACGGUCAAAGCGACGGAGAUACCAGGUUAAUUAGAUUAUCGACGGUGCGGAGAGUUGUUGGAAGAGCUCGCAGGACGACCAUACAUGGUCCAGCGGCCUACGAAGCAGCAGGAAGAAGCGGCAGCGUCGCGUGGGAGGUCGAGCUGUUUCCACGCUGCUUUUUACGCAACUGAAGACAGAUUCGUGUGCCUACCUUUCAAACCCACCGAGUCGAGCACAACCUUGUUAUUGUUAAAUCUACCUGAUCUCGGACGAGAAUUUUUCUAGAAGAGAAAAAUAGAGGAUCGCGAGACGAUGGUUAAUUGAGAAGAUCGAAGGAACUUGUUUCACAACCGAUGAAGUAGCUGGGAAAAGGAACUUGAUUUCGGUCCAAAAGCGGCUACGUCGAUCAACGGACUCGAGCAUCGUCAUUAACGCGGAAUCGCGUGCCAACUUUCAAUCUCGUGGCUGAACGCACCGGGAGCACGUCAAGAUCGCGUUUAUAGCGGAGCACCGCAUCCUAUAAAUCCAGAUUUCCGCGAUUUCACUGAACCAGUCCGCGGCAUACGGCGCGUACGUGUGUCGUAGGCACGCUUAUAACAGAUCGCUGGAAACGCGCGGGCCGAAGCGUUAAGAACGAUGAAAGUGUAGCGGAGCGUGUUAUGCAAAGCAGCGUGACGGGAGAACCAGAAAAGCCUGAUCGAUCCACGUUGAACCGUCGCGAAUUCGAGCUUGAUCGUCUGCGGUCCGUCAUUCACGGGUCGAAUCGAUUCAACAGACUGGUCGAUCGCUUUGCAUCUUCCUGAUUCCACGUCAAAUAUUCACUGAACUCGAAUAAUUGAAGACAUACUCUGCAGAGAUACAAUUUGUCGGUCAAAAGUAACUGAUCGACUUGGUACAAAUUCUUCGAACAGAAACAAAGGGUGUCUUUCAAUGAUUUCUGGUUAUAACUAGAACCAUGAAGAGGUAGUCUUCGAAUCCUUUCAACGAAUUUUAAUCUCUUGGAGGAUUGUUCGGUUCGGAGUGGCGAAAAAAUUGAAUUGCAAAUCGCGUGGGAACAUGGAUACAGUCGAGUGGGUUUCGACGAUCCUACGGUGAUCGAAGACGAGGGGACGAGGAGAAAUAUGUCGGUCGCUGGUACCAGAAGACUAUGCAGAGUGGGCCUAGUCGCCGUGUUGGUCACCGCGUUGUGCGUGUUGACCCUGCUCGAUUCGCCGCCACAACUCCCGGAUCCACCGGCGGAUCCUCCUCCCACGCCAGGUGGCGAACCUCCAGGCACAAGAAGCAUCGUGGCUUACUCGUGGGCGAGGAGAUUGGCACUCGAUUACAGACCCUCCAAGGAGUGCGACGGUAAUGGAACGUACGGAACGACGUUAAAUACGUUCAAGUUAGCCGACGCGAAGUGGCUCGAGACAAUCCCCGGACAGCUCUUCCUGUACAGCGCCCACUUGGACCUCAGAGUGGCCGGCUAUCCGAGCCUCAGGGUGAUUGGCGUUAAACGCGGACCUCUGCCGACCUCUGCCCUUUUCUGCACCGUUUGGUACGAGGAGGAGGAUCGAGGCAGAGCGGUAAGCGUGGAGGCGCUGGUCUCCACUAUUUGGUUGGACGAAUGGGGCGAGACGUUGGACAGUUACGCGGGUAUCCUGGUCGGUUGUCAAUUACCCGUGGACGGGGGUAUCGAGCCGUCCAGAGUGUACGUGGGCCCGGAACCCUGCCAGCAGAAUGCUAGUCAUAGUUUAGCGAUAAACACGAGGCACCGAAACGAGGUGGAAGAACAUCGACGACAGUUCACCCUGUGCAUCAAGGGGUUGGACUUCGACGAGGACAUCUCGUCGAAGAUCGUCGCGUUCGUCGAGCUGCAUCGCAUACUCGGCGCUGAGCUCUUCUACUUUUACGUGUUCAGCGUUCACGAGAACGUGCUGAAGGUGUUGAGGCUGUACGAACGAUCCAACGUGAUCAGAUGGUUCAAUCUGACGUUGCCUGGUGACUUGCCGAACGAGAAGCACGCGAGGAGGCGAUUCCUCGGCGAGGACAUCUGGAUCAAGAGACGAAUGGAGCUGAUACCGUACAAUCAUUGCUUCUACGACAAUCUCCAUCGAUCCGAGUUCGUGUUACCCAUCGACAUCGACGAGGCGAUCGUGCCAGCCAGGAAGAGGAACUGGUACGAGCUGUUGCUCGACGAGAGGAUCAAACUCGGCAGAAACUUCAAGGACUUCGCCUCGUACGCGGUCAGGAACGCUUAUUUCUUUCCAGAACUGCAGACAAGGAAUCAGAGCGACCGCGCGACGCCUGACACGGAUUCGCUGGAUUCCUUCGAGGAUCUAGAUUAUCUCGACACGGUGAGAGCCGCCUGUAUCUCGCCGGAAGGCGAUUCCGUGAAAAGCUUCGUCUCGACGAGACGAGCGUUAACGGUGCACAACCAUUACGCGCUGGCCACGCUGAAUCCCUCCACCAGACGCGCGCAUCACUUCGACCCGGAAGACGUUCUCAAGCACCACCAUAGGGCGUGCGAUGACAGACACUUGGACUGCGAGAUCCUCAUGGAGGACGUCAGAGUCGACGAGUCCGCGCUCAGGUACGCGGAUCAACUGAAGGAGAGGAUGAGGGUGUUCUUGAGCGACCUGAGGGGGUUCUCUUAGCAGGAAAAUGCGAUUUUGUAAAUAAUAAA